AUGAUCGGCGAAGUUCUCCCAGAUCUAAAGCGGGGCUACGACAGUGUCAUGGAUCGCGAGGGUCAAGACAGGCUCCUGUCGCUGUCGGAAACAGGACGAUUGGAGGAGUUCCAAAGCCGCUUCAACGACUCCACGACAGCUGACCAGUAUCGCAUCCUCGCCGAGAACGACACCGCCAUACCCGUUCUCUCCGAGAAGUUGCUGCCUUUCUUCGUUCGGGGGAUGGACGACUUUGAGUACAAGAUUGCCAACACUCCGGUAGCGUUGCCGGGGUGGGCAGACAUCAUUGUUGGAACCGUCGUCGUCCUGGGCUUCGUUCUUGUUUUAGCAUUGAGUGGGGAGCUCCAGCUUCCAUCCAUGGACGAAAAGUUUACGCUUGAGCGCUCCGCGCCCAAAAAGAUCAUCGUGCCGGUCAUACCAAAUGGACCCGGAGCGCAACCCGGGCUGGCCAAAACUGAAGUGCAGUCUAUGCCGUAG